AUGGGUGGGUCCAAAGGAUAUCAUGAGGCAACGCAUAACCCACGCUUGAGGAAAAAAGCAUGUGAUAAAUGUCAUAAAAUGAAGCAAAUCUGUGACGGAGGCAUCCCCUGUUCACGCUGUAAAAGGCUGAAGGCUGAAUGUACGUUUCAAAGGGUUUUAAAAAAACCUGGAAGACCCUCAAAAAAGGUACCAGUAGAUAAAGAGCUGGCCAAAAGAGUGGAAUGCUCGUCACACGAAGUGUCUGACUCACGGCUAGCUGAAACUCGAGAGUCACCAAUCCCUUCAAAUGCCUUCACUAAGGUAUUUUUGGAUAAAUCAAAAGAACUGAUAAAUCUACAAAAUCCUUUCUCUAAUAUCGGAGAACGGUUUCUUGACAUGCUCUUAACUUUUUCGGAGGAACCACGACAAUAUGAAGUAGAUAACGAAACUCUCUCUGAGUCCAGUGAAAAAAACGAAAUAUUACAAGCUGAACAAGUUUUCAAUGAUGCAAUAAAUGGGUUUCCAUUGGACUAUUGGCGUUUACCUGAAAAAGAGAUGCAGUUGCUACAGUAUUUUGUGUUUGAGGUUUCUCCCAUACUAUUUAUCGACAAAACUUCUAAUUCCUUCCUGCAAAUGGUGAUUCCUUUAGCCAUUAAGGGACAGCGAAUACGGAAUAUUUUGAUUGCUAUUGCAGCAAUACGAAGAUAUGAAGAAGAUGCACAAUUACCGGAAAAGCCAAGUUCACUGUAUGUUUCUAAAGGAUAUUCUGUAACUACGAGAAGUGAAUUCUUGAGGGAUAUGUUAACCUAUAAAUCGGAAGCCGAACUAACCCUGGUAUUAGAAGAAACGGACUAUUUUGAUGAUUCUGUAUUGCUGUCUUUACUACUCUUAGCUAUGCUAAGCGUACUGGAAGGAACUUCUUUUAUGUGGGCAAGUGCGAUGAAACGUGCCAGUAUAGUGAUUAGUAAGCGUGGUGGAGUAAAGAAGCUUUUUAAAGAUCGCCCACUUCUGGUGCAUUUAUUUUCAUAUCUGGAUCUGGUGAGCUCCUUAAGCACUUGUAUACAACCAUAUGUCGAAACUAUUCCUAGUGAUGGCUUUAAAAGAGAGGAUACUUUGGAAAACUAUGCCAAGUUUGAUGAAAAAGAAAUAGCUAAGGUAUUAAACAGUAGUUUCGGGUUUAGAUUUAGUAUUGGAGGAGAGAUUUUCAAACUUUUAGGCAACAUAUCCACACUUGCCUCCCUUCGUCAUAUACGGGAUCAAAAUGUAGCAUACGGAAAAGAGUUCGAUACCAUUGCAGAUGUAAUUGAGAAUCAUUUGCAGUCAUGGCAACCUUCAGAAGAAAGUUGGGAGAACUUUUCUUUAACUGGACCAGCAAUCGAAUUGCAAAAAAAUUCAUAUGUCUUGGCUUUGCAAUGGGCUGCAUUUCUAAGGUUGCAUCAGGUUAGGUAUGGAUACAAUCGUGAGGAUCGUAAAGCUCAAAUAUGCCUACGUACCAUAUUGCAGUCGAUUGAUAAUAUAGACAAGGGCGCGGAUUUAGAAACUGGGUUGAUUUUUCCAAUAAUCAUGGCCGGAUCAGUUGCGUUUGAGCAGGACGAUCGAGAAUACAUAAUGGAGAGGGUUCGGAGAAUAAAGAAAAAGCUAAAAUUCGGUUACGUAAAUGAAGUUGAAAAGAUGCUAUUGACGAUUUGGAGUCGGGAUGAUAAGGAGGGCCAUAAUGUCAACUGGGCGGCAAUACGAUAUUAUGAGUAUCCUGGUUUGGUAAUGUUUUAG